UGCAUAGCGGACAGUAGCUAUAACAACUCCAAACGCUUCAAUAAUGGCGUUGACACCAUCCAGGGUAUUUGCAGCUCUGAUUCCUGCUGAAACAUCCAGAUCUGUGGGUGAUCGGGAAAAUGAGUUUGGAGUUGUUCAAAGUAGAACUGUCCGGAAACCUGGAGAGGAUAGUUGCUCUGGAGUUCGAGAGGUGCAAGUACGUGGGACUGCAGAGCGUUCAAUAGCUCCAGAUCGAGCUCGGGUUUCUCUUCGUGUAAAAAGUAAAAAAGAAGUCGCCCAAGAAGCCAAAAACAGUGUGUCUAGGAGACUGGAGUAUAUCUUACAAGCUGUUCGACAACAAGGAAUCCGGGAAGAAAAUAUGACUGUCACAAGGGAUUUUCGCAGAGUGGAAAAUGCUUAUCAUAUGGAAGCAGAGGUUGGUGUUAUAUUCAGCGAUUUUGGAAAAAUGCAGAAUGUCUGCAAUUUGCUGGUUGAGAAACUGGACAGUACAGUUGUUAUCAGCCCUCCUUACUUCUAUCUCACAGCAGAAGCAUCAGAGAACCUAAAACGUGAAGUGUGUCUUGCCGCUGUAGCCAGUGCUCGAAAUAAAGCUCAGGAAGUCUGUCGAGCAGUUGGACAGUCUCUGGGAAAGCCACUGGUUAUUAAAGAAGAGGAAAUGAAGGAGUGGGAAGGUCUAACAGAUGACUUGGCAGUAUCUAACAACCAUUCAGACACACCGACUAUGCAACAGAAAAUAAAAAACGCUACCAUUUCUGUUUCAUGUAAAGUCUUUGCAAGUUUUGAAAUUAAGACAAAGGAGAAAAGUAAAAAGAACAACUAGCAUAUAAGUGCUAAAGAAAAUAAAAAAAACAGUCUACAUACAUCA